AUGGUCUAUCAAUCUGAUUGGUUUGUUUCUGUUGGUAGUGACGUUAAUGGCGGGGCUGACCGGCAUCACGGUGGCAUUAUUGCUACACUCUUGGGUUAUUGUCUUGGCCACCUCGUAUGCCAUGCUUAUGAAGCUCUCGAGCCUCCAGCCGCAGAAUUGACAGUCAAGUUCAAGAAGCCAAUCACUACGCCUAGUGUUUUCAUGGUGAGAGCCAAAGUCAAUAAAGAAAUGGAAGGUGGGUGGGUUGAGGAUGGCCAUGGGACCGUAUUCGCUGAGGGCUCCGCAACAUAUGUCUUUACAAAGAUUGAAGAGGCUAAGCUUUAG